CAGGGAGUGGCUAACUGGGAGGAGGCAUGAAGACGUUAUUUUUUUUGUUUUCCUUUUGCGGUAGAAACAGCAGUUGUGGAAGACAUAUUUUACAAGAGACCAUGAAGGAUUAUGAUGACACCAUAGAUUUCCUGGGUCAGUGGGGACUUUUCCAGAAAACCAUUUUCUUCCUGCUCUGUGCCAGCAUGAUUCCCAAUGGCUAUAGUGCCUUCUCUCUUGUAUACUUGACUGACAUUCCCAGUCACCGCUGCCUGGUUCCGGAUGUCAACCUGACCCAAGACUGGCUAAAGGCUAUCAUCCCGAUAAAGGUGGUGAAUGGGAAACAGGAGGUGAGCGAAUGCAGCAGAUACAGACUGGAUGUGGUCAGAAAUCUCUCUGCUCAGGGGUACAGUCCUGGCAAGGACAUCAACCUCACCGACCUGGAGCAGGAAGGCUGUGUGGACGGGUGGAGCUACAGCAGAGACAUCUACCAGUCCACCAUCAUCUCUGAGUUUGACCUGGUGUGCAAUGAGCAGUGGAAGCAGCCUUUCACCUCCACAAUUUACUUCCUGGGAGUUCUGGUUGGAUCUUUCGCCUCAGGGCAGCUCUCUGACAGAUUUGGAAGAAAGCCUGUUCUCUUUGCAACCAUGGCAGUUCAGACCAUUUUCACUUUUGCUGCAAUCUUCUCACCUUCUUGGACGGUUUUCGCCAUCCUCCUCUUCCUCAGCGGUUUGGGACAGAUCUCCAACUAUGUAUCUGGUUUUGUUUUGGGCACUGAAAUCUUGACCGGCAAUGUGCGGGUCCUGUUCUCAUCUCUGGGCGUAUGUCUGGGCUUUGCCGUUGGCUACAUGAUCCUGCCCCUCUUUGCUUACUUUUUAAGGGACUGGCGAUCUCUCCUGUGGGCUUUGUCUCUGCCUGGCCUGCUCUACCUGCCCCUCUGGUGGUUUAUUCCAGACUCUCCUCGGUGGCUGCUCUCUCAGGGAAGAGUGGCAGAGGCUGAGGCCAUAAUAAGAGAUGCUGCUAAGAAGAACAAAGUCGAGGCACCACAGAUCAUCUUUGCUGAAUACAAUGGUGAUAAUACAGAGAAGCAUCCUAAUGAGCAUCACAGUAUCUUCAACCUGCUGAGGACCAAGAACAUCAGAAUCACAACUGUCAUUCUGAGCAUGUUGUGGUUCACCCUUAGUAUUGGCUACUUUGGCCUGUCUCUGAACACAUCCCGACUGCAUGCUAAUCCCUAUAUUAGCUGCUUUAUCUCAGCAGCUGUAGAGGUGCCGGCAUACAUUUCCAGCUGGCUGGCUCUGCGAUACAUUCCCCGACGAAUUUCUAUCAUCUUUAUCUUGCUGCUUGGAGGACUGUCGCUGUACUUCAUUCAACUGGUGCCCCAAAGUUUAUCAGAUCUGUCUGUUGCACUGGAGAUGCUGGGAAAGUUUGGUAUUACCACUGGUACAGCCCUGAUGUUUGCCUACACAGCAGAGCUUUACCCAACAGUGCUGAGGAACACUGCGACAGGGGCAUGCACUACUGUUUCCAGAGUAGGAAGCUGCCUUGCACCUUUUUUAUUACAUCUGAGUAUAUACUUUAAGUACCUUCCCUAUAUUACAAUGGGGACUCUGGCUAUUAUGUCUGCCUUUGCCACUCUCUUCCUUCCAGAGAGUUUUGGUCAACCUCUCCCUCAAACUAUUCACCAGAUGCAUAGGAGACCCAGCAUAAAGUGUCCAUUCAUCCAUAGGAAAGGAGACUCAAAGCCUGUGGUGCAUUUCGAAAGUCAGCUCUGAUUGUAUAAAACACUGCUUAUGUGAAUUAAUAUUGUGUAGUAUUGCUACAGUACUUACUAGUUUUACUAUUAAAAUGUUUUAUCACGAAACAAGUAAAACAGAUGACAUUCAUGACCUUUUUCUUAGAGGUGAAUUAAAGCUUGAUAGAAAUACAUAUAACUGAAGUAUGACCAGUUUGAAGUCUGUUACACUGCUAUAGUGACCAGUCGAAAACGGUACCAUUACAGGAGCCCUGUAACAAAUACCGCCAUACUUGGAAAGUUUUGUUUCUGCGUUGACUUAGUUCUGUGGGACACUGUGGGACUGUACUUCAGUUUGUGUUACAUAAUCACACUCUUCCUAUUUCAUUUAUGUAUUUCAUUGAGGAAAUAGAAACCAUUUCACAAUCUGAAUCACAUUUAUUGGCCAAGUAUGUUUAAAUACACAAGGAAUUCAACUCUGGUACAGCGUAAAUAAACCAGUACCAUGAAAAUGGUGUGCAGCCAUUACAUCUUUUUAAACUAAAUAUUCUUUCACCAAGGCAGUGUUUAUUACAGGGCUGUUAAGCUGCGUUUCCACCAGAAAGUCCCUGGUACUUCUUAUUUCCAGGAACUAAAGUCCAAGAAGUGUCCCUGGGGUAAAAGGCCCUUGAACACAUUGUGAUUUGCAUUUCCACAGCAAAGCCGAAGCCCAGGGAAGGUGAGCAAAUUAUAGCCCACUGAUGUAAAGUCACGACAGUCAGCAACAGGGUUGUAAGAAUGCGUCACAGAAAAAGUUUGUUAUGGUUAACACACAGGACAGACUGCAGGCAGUGCUGAAAUUAUCACUUUUCUGCAAGUUUAUGCUCAUUUAACAGGUGUUUUUUUUUUAUCACAGAGGUUUUAUUGCACAUACAAUAACGAGCAUAGGGGUUGUUAACUCCGAGUAAUGUUUUGCUUCAGCCCAUGUCAUGCUGUCCUCUGUGGCCUUCGUCUGCUGUGCUCCAUCCUCGGUCAGCCACCAGGAGAAGCUGCUCCAUAAACACCAAAACAAUCUUUUCCAAUCCACUAAUCUCACUCACUGGUUUCUUCAUGUAGGCCUACUGACACAGUGCCCCUUACAAACAGAGGACCUAAGGAACUGAGAGUAAGUUACAUCGGUGCCUGAGUGAAAUUCCAGCAUCAUGGAUCCCUCUGUUUGACCAGUCAGGUCUUGCCCUGAUAGUUCUUGGACCUUCAAAAAGUACCCCCCCGGUUUCUGCUCCCUGGGUAAAGUUCCUCUGGUGGAAACGGAGCUUUAGAUUGCGUUAAAGUGUACAGAACUGUCUACCCAUCAUGUCACUCUGUACAUUUUAUCUUGACUCACAAAGAUGUAUACAAAAUAUUCACUAGAAAUAAUUUAUAUGCACAUGUUAAAUGUGAAACAUGAUUAAUGUGGUUACUGGUUCUGAUUAAUUUGGUAUCAAAAUAUUAGAAACUUUGUUCUGUGUAUGCACUGUUAAGUUUCCAAAGGUUACACAGUUUUCAUCAUUGCAACAAUGAACAGCAGUAUUAUGUAAGUAUGGUAACAACUGCAUAGAGAAGCAUUAUUAAACUCUUUACAGUAUCUUGAUGCUGUGUAACACAAAAUAUUGCUUCACUUUGGUGGAGAUGACUAAGUUUCUGUUUGUCUGAAUGUCAAGUUGCAUAAUGUCACAUAUUCGGUGAAAAAGCAAUCGUUUUACCUGACAAACGUCCAUUUAGCACAGAUGUGUUAAACAGAGUCGAUAUUCCAGUGUCUGCCUUAGU